CAAACAGCAGGUCUGAGAACACCAACACCAACAGAUGAGGAGCUGCUCUUCAUCUGUGACACAUGAUGCUCUCAGUACCAGACCUGAUCAGAAGCCCGCGAGCUGCUUCUGCAUCUUGAUCGCUCACUGUGAGAAAUCACUUCGUGGAUUUCCUUGAUUGGUGUUUCGAGGAAAAAUAAAUCGCGUUAAGAUCCGUGCGUCAUCUGGACCCCGGCGGCGGCGGCUGCGCGCACAGUGCCUCCGCCGUGGUCGUGCCUCUGAGCGGAGUAACGGGUUCAGUGAGCGCGCACACCGAUCACCGAUCAGCACGCUCGUCGCACCCGCCGACCAAUCAAUUCAACCCGGAUGACCUCCGGAGUGACGCGGCUCUCCGGUGGGAGUGUGCGUGGAGGCAGCGGCGCCGGAGGAGAUGGAUGGACGGAUGUCUGCGGGUCUCCUAGCGCUGUCGUAAAACGCGAGCAGGUCAGAUACUGAUAAAGCGAUGCCAGGGGUAACCAAGUACAAUCUGGUAGAUGACGUGCACGAUCUGAGGAUCCCCAUGCACAACGAGGAGGUGUUCAAGCACGGGGUCUGCUUCGAGGCAAAGUACAUCGGCAGUUUGGAGGUGGGUCGUCCUGGGAGUCGGAUGGAGAUUGUCGCCGCGAUGAGGCGAAUCAGAUAUGAAUUCAAACUGAAGAAUAUAAAGAAGAAGAAGGUCAACAUUGUCGUGUCCACUGAUAGUGUACAAGUGAUUCUACGCAAAAAGAAGAGAAAAGGGUGCUCAUGGGAUGAGAAUACCUUCCUGGUGACACAGGAUCCCAUCCACAGGAUCUUCUAUGUCUCACAUGAUGCUCAAGACUUGAAGAUCUUCAGUUACAUAGCCAGAGACGGAGAGAGCAACAUUUUCCGCUGCAACGUGUUCAAGUCAAAGAGGAAGUCUCAGGCCAUGAGGAUCGUGAGGACGGUGGGUCAGGCGUUUGAUGUGUGUCACCAGCUGACCCUGCAGGAGAAAACCGACGACCAGGAGGAUGAGGAGGGGAAGGACGAGGGGUCUGAGGCGGUGCCAGCGAAGAAGAGGUUUGCGUUGUCGGAAGAGACCGACCUUGAAGCCACUACAGAGGAGAGCAUCGAGUGCGUCUCUUCAUCAGACCCGGAGAAGAGUAAAAAAGACGAGGCCCUUGGUAACGACGUGAAGGUGUCCGAUGACCCUUCUCCCCUGCUGGGUUCUCCCAUCCUCGGGGCGUCUGUGUCGGGUCAGUUGACAGCUGAGGCUCCCUGCUCUGCGGAGCACCACGUCCAGCUCCUUCAAAAACAACUGCAGCAGCAGGAACAGCAGGCGCUGGCAGCUGGAGCACAGGUUCAUGUGCUCCAGGAGCAGCUGUCAGUGGAGGUGUGUGCACGGACCGAGGCCCAAGCCAGAGUGCAGAGGCUGCUGCAGCAGAACACUGACCUGCUGCAGCACAUUUCCCUGCUGGUCAAACAGAUCCAGGAGCUGGAACUCAAAGCUGCCGGCCAAUUGACAUCCAUGGGCUCGCAGGACAGCCUCCUAGAGAUCACUUUUCGCGCCAAGCCUCCCCAGCGUGAACCGCUCACCCUGUCUAUAGGCCAUUUAGCCUCUCAGUCCCACCUCCAGAUCAGUGACAGUGCCUGGGUCUCCGCCCUCCCCGGGCCCUGCUCUCCGGGCACCAUGGGUGUCGACACCAGCCCUCUGGGACUGAGUGGCAGUGGAGUUCGACUCGAGUGCUUCCGCUUCUCCUCCCGGGGGCCAGACAGCCAGGAGCAGGGCCUGGACACGGGGGAGACCCCCAGCGACGGAGCCCCGGAUGAGAUCUCGCUGCUGGGGGAGCAGGUCCUCGGAGCCCUGGAGCUGCUGCGGUUCAGGGAGUCAGGGAUCGGAUCAGAGUACGAAUCAAACACAGAUGAGAGCGACGACCGAGACAGCUGGGGACAGGGCGAGGGCAUAGGGGCCGACGGUGCAGCUCGACUCGUAAACGUGCUGAAUGCAGAGAGUCUGCCGGACUGCUUAGGGGAUGAGAUGGCUGUGUAGUGGUCCUGUGAAAGCUGCACUAGGCAACUUUGUUACUUAUGUCCCAUCCCAAUGAAAAAGAGGUGACAUUCAGAAUCUAAAGGACUUCAUGACACAGAAAUCCUGCAUGGCGACAUCAGUAAACAGCAUCUUAUGCAGGUAUGAAUUAUGGCUGAUAGCUGAACUGAGCGCUUACUCACCACAGGUCUGAUGAAAGUUUUAAAGUUUACGCUCAAGUUUGGAUUUGUCACUUUCUAUGUACUGAGCGGUGGAACCCUUAUAAGUAAAUCAUAAGAACAAAAAUGCUGAUGAUUGAAUUAAAAAGACCCAUUGUAGUCUUGAAAUUUAGAAUGACUUGAUGAAGACAAAAAGAUUUCAUAAAAACACACAGAAUAAUAAUAAUAAAAUAAGAAGUAAGGAUAAUAGGUGUCUACAAAUACAACAUAAAAUGUACAGAUGUCAACCAAAUCAAGCUUAUUGUUGUCAAACCCUUAAUGUCUUCAUCAAAUACAAGUAAGCAUAAACUGUAUCUAAAGUUGACUGCUCCCCAAAAGUAAAGCCAAAGUGUCUUGAUCGCCACCCGGCCACCUGGUGGCUGGCUGCAGUAUAGUCUAUAAAGGCUUCCUCCGUGUUAGUAGACGUGACAUGGAAUAUACUAAAAUGGGAAAGUAGACAUUAAAAAAAAUUCUCAAAGAUUGUUUCUGUCAUUUUAAGUAGUUCUGAUGUGUGUGCAAGUGUUUUUCUGAUAAGUUUGGUUUUAAUCCGUUAUUUGAUGGUAUAAAAAUGGGAUUCGUGAUUGACCCAGUGCAUGUAUCAACAGCACCUUGCUACCGUGCCUCCAUCCCCUGGAUGCACAGACUCUGGCACCAAAUGAACAAAGAUGGUAGCGUUCGCAACUUCAUUUCAAGAAAGGGGACAAGAAGACGCAUUGUCCAUCUUUAUAUACAGUCUAUGUAAAUAACAACCUAUUCUUUCAGUCUAUUCAUCAUGUCCACCAAUUAGCACUAAACUAAGUAUAACUAAUGCUGACGUUAACAGUUUUUACUGGCACAUGAUCCUAAAUUUAAACAUCAAACUAAAUUAAAAUGUUGUCUUGACAGCAGAUUUAUUAAUCCAGUCAGUGAUUAAAUCUUCAUGAGCUCCACACUACAGUGUAAGGCGGACACUGGGGGCUACUUCCUGUGAUUUGGAACUAAAAUGACACAGAGUAGAGCGCAUACCUCCACCACAGCCCUGUGGUCAUUUCAAAUUUAAUCUAGCUGCACCAAAUUGUACACACUCACAUAUCAGUUCCCUAGAUAUGCCUGAUUAAAAGGUUCAGUGUGUAGAACUUAGUCGUGAAUUUCCACGUUGCAGCAAAAACAACACUAGGAUUAUUUUAUAUUCAAAUUCUGCCAAUAGAUCCCGUACAAAUAAAUCUUACACACUGAACCUUUAAUGCACGGGAAUGAAACAUGAUCAAGAUUCAUCUAUAAGCUUGGAAAUCAAUGAAAAUAUAUAAAUGAAUUUUUAAAAAAUGCCUUUCAAGAAAGUGAUAAAAAAAAACGUUGGAUGUGCUCCUUUGUUGCGGAGCCAAAAUUUGAUGGGUUCUCUCUUGGCCCAUCCUUAGAACAAGUUUUGUGGAAAUCAGUUUUUGCUUAGACCUGCUGACAAAUAAACAAACCAACAAAUAAACAUAGCCUUAUUGGCAGAGGUAACAAAAAAAAAGACUUCUCGAUAAGAACUUGACACAAUUCAGCUCUAAUCAAACUUUUCACACUGGUGUUUCAGACUCUCUCGCUCUCUCUCUCCCCUCCUUUAUGUUGCAUAUCGUGUGUGUGUGUGUGUGUUAAUCAGUCUAAUGAUUGUUGUACCUUCAUACGUUUGGCUCGCUGACUCUCUACCUAGGCUUGUUACACAGUGGUUGUUUGUGUGUCUUUAUCAUGUGGCGCGGACAUGCUCGUCUGAUCUGUCGUCCAAUGAAGAUCUAAGAAGAAAAAAUCGGUCUGGACAAGCUCUCAAGGGUGUUUUUGGGAGUGUGAAUAAUGAAAAAUCUCGCUGUGCUUGCUGUGACACUUAGUCUGUGAAUUACACAUGGGUUUGAAAAUGAGCAUGUCUCUGUCGCAGUCUGAUUUCCCCCAAUGUAUAUAUUCAGAUUAACUUCGAUGCUCUGCAGUCAAUACAUGGCCUCGGUUUCAUUCACACUUUUCUUCAUCCUCUUAACAGAACAUUUUCCGAUGAGGUGUCUCAGAGAGAAACUCCUCCCUGUGUGCAGGUGCUGCUACAGUCCCGUCUGUGCUGCUUAAAACUGUUAUUUAUUAAUGCCGUACUGCGGCAGCGACAAACUGCUGCAUCGCCGCUGCUCCACCCCUCCGAGAGAGGAUUGUUUGAGAACCGACAGGCGGGCGGCAUACAGGGAACCUCUGGGCCCCUUCAUAUUUUUGCGGCCUCGCUGACUGAGAGCCAACGUAAUGAAUCGCUGAAUUGAUGACGGUUCUUUGAGCUCUUUCCAAAAUCGAUUCAUCUCUUCCUGGCCCUCCUCCUCCUCCUCCUCCUCGUCUCCCUCACUCACCUUCCUCCUCCUCUUUCCCCCUAAAGCUCAUUACCUCUUCCCCCCCCCACUGCCUUGCACUCACAAUCUGUCGGCCGUAUCCAUCUAUCCAUAUCUCUCUUGUCAAUCUGGGCUGUUUCCCUCCAAGGUUACAUUGCGCCCCGUUCACAUGAAGUGUACUAAAAACAAAAGUGCACUUAAGUAAACGUCUCCCCUUGUGGAAUUAAAUGCCCUUUCUCAAAUGCCACCUGCUGCUAUGAUAUGUUCAGCACGUUUAGUGCGACUCACUAAAACUGAAAUUUGUCUCAAACUCCAUGAGAAGCAGCGUCGCUUUCUGGCCUGACCUUUUCCAAACGCUUUUCUCGUUAGUAUUUAUAAUUCCUCGGGAUGAUGGGAUGCAGGGAGGUGCUUUGUGAGGGUGAUGGCUCUCUAUUAUCAUCAGAGAUACACCAGCUGUGGCAGUCAAACAGGGUCAGCUCCCAUCACGCUCACUGUGUGCGAGCGCGCUCACAGCAGCAGCUUGAUGUAACACUGCAGAUACGCUGGAUAAAUAUGAAGAAUAUCAGCCAUUACCCACCCACACCCAGCCACGACACCCUGCUGCUCCACUCGCACUGCUGCUGCUGACACAGAGGGUGGGCGGCCUCCAGGAGAUGGCCCCUGCUCUCAUUUGCUUGAUUAUAGUGAAGAAUGGUCUGUAGUGUCACUCUGCUCACCCCCUCCUCGAUCCGUAUGUACGUUGCUUUGUAUUCUGCAGGUCAGCUGGAUUCAACAAACACGGUUUCACUGCAGUGUUGCUUUAUUGCCUUGGCUGCAUGUUUUUUUGUUUUUUUUUGGACUGUCCAGAUUUGAGAGACAUUCAUGGUUCCCAGAUGAUGAAUCCUGCAGAUUCUUGUUGUAUAAUCUCCCAGUUUUUGCUCUAGCGCCACCAUGACCUUGACAUUUGUGGUUUUGCAGUGAAGUCAUUUAUCACAUGAUGGUUGUCAUGUAUUUUACUACGAUCAGUCAUGUUCCCGACAGGAUGAAUCGUAAAAAAACUUCAAUGAUCACUCAACUUUUCUCAACUUUUUUCGUUUACCCCCAAACAACUGUAUUAGCAAACACAUUAGCUGCUAAACAUCGGCUUUUUAAAGGUGUCCUGUGGAGUGAGGCUAAAGUUAUGUUUCCAUUCAGUGUUACCCACCGAAACACAAUUGUCAAUGAGCUCCAAUGAAAUUCAAUAAAGGCUUUUUCUUUCCUCACAACA